AUGGUGGCAACUUCUUCUGCAAGACCUGUACUUCCUUCUUAUUCUCAAUAUUAUCCUGAGAAGUUUUGUUCGGAGUUGCCUGAUGGAUUUUACAAACAUCCUCGUAAUCAUUCUCGUGUUCUUCAGUGCUUUUCUCAUCAACUUUUUGAGUAUCCGUCUUGCUUACAUGGUCUGGUUUUUGACGAGGUUCGUGGAGUUUGUGGUUAUCCUCCUGACUUUGCUACAAAAAAUGUUUCGGUGACUUUCUGUGCUGGCGGUCAUCAUCAUGGUGACCACGUUGCCCACCCGGAAAAGUGUACAUCGUUUUAUCGUUGUGUUUGGGGUCGUUUGUUUCCAAUGAGUUGUCCACUUGGGACUGUAUUUAAUUCUCGCCUCAGUGUUUGUGACUAUCCGAAGAAUGUGCCAAAUUGCAAUUGA